AUGAGCUACAACUCAGUUCAACCAAUCAAUUUGAAUAGAAAGAAAAGAAAGAGAUCCAAUGGAACUUCUUCUACAUCUGCAUCUGCAUCUGCAUCUGCAUCUGUGUCUGCGUCUACGUCUACAUCUUCUGCGUCUACAUCUGCUUCUGUUGCAUCUCAAAUCCCUGGUUGGCCAUCUUCAUUAAAGGAAUUUGUAGCUUCAAGCUUCACCCGUUCGGAAUCAGAACUCUCUCCGGAAGAGCAGAACCUCUUUCGGUCCCAGAUAACGUCUAUAGUUGACAUUGCAUUGAAAAAGAACAUGAUAUGGACCAAUGACUGGGAGAGACAGUCGUUACCUGUGUUUGAUGGAGGUGACUUACAAUUGAUAUCCAUCAGUGAUCCAAUGGGUAAUAGUAAUAGUACUGCUACUCCCAAUACUACUGCUGCUAUUACCACUACAGUCAAUACUACUACAUCAUAUGCUUCCAAACAAAGAAAGAAACAAAGACUUGAACGAUUCAGCUCAGAGGAACCAGAACCUUUUAGACCCAUGUACAACAGCUAUACCACCGAUACCGUUGCAGCUCCAGUCAAAGGCACUAGCCAACAGAUAGAAAAGACCUAUUUAAGAUUGACUUCCGAGCCCAUACCGUCAAACGUUCGACCCCAAAACGUAUUGGAAAAAUCAUGGAAGUUCGUGCUCAACAAGUAUCGGCAUGGCCAACCGUACACUUACUUCAUUAGUCAGUUCAAAUCAAUAAGACAAGAUUUGACUGUUCAAAACAUCCAGAAUGACUUCACCAUUCACAUCUACGAAGUCAAUGCCAGAGUGUGUUUGGAGAAAAAGGAUUUGGGGGAGUUCAACCAGUGUCAGACCCAAUUGACGUUUUUGUAUGAUCAUGUUAGAACCAACACCAAUAGACACGGUUCCUAUUUAAGCCAAGAAGUGGAAUUCAUUGGCUACAGAAUCAUCUAUAUGAUCAUCUUAGGUAAUUAUCAGGAUGUCAUCAAAUUAAGGCUUCAAAUGGUAAGAGGAACGUACUCCAAACUAACCACCUCAUUCGAUGGUCAAGAAGCAUUUCUAAGUCACAUUGACGAUUUGUUUAAAAUUAACGAUUGUCUUCUUCUGGGUGACUACUAUAAUCUCAUAAAGCUUGUGGAACACCUCAAACCGGUUCUACCUUUAGCCUAUGACCUUCUCAACGAUUUCUUAUUGGCUAAGGAAAGGAUCAGGAUCUUCAAGACCCAUCUUACUGUCAAUAGUCAAUCAGCCCAGUUUCAAAAGGGUAGACAUUAA